AUGCCUUCAAUCCGUGACGAAGUGUCCUUUGAGAAGCGGACGGCGGAGGCGCAUCGCAUUCGGGCGAAGUAUCCAAACCGGAUCCCGGUGAUAUGCGAGAAAGCUCCCCGCUCGGAUCUGCCAGUUAUCGACAAGAAGAAGUUUCUGGUGCCCAUGAACAUGUUGGUUGGGGAGUUCAAGUAUAUCAUUCACAAGCACAUCAACCAGUGCGCGCAGAACAGUGGCUUGCCGCUGACACACGAGAAGACGAUAUAUUUGUUUGUUGAGAAUACCGCUCCCAAGGCCGGCGCGCUGAUGCAAGAGGUGUACGAACAACACGUCUCCGAUGAUGGCUUCCUCUACGUCGAGUAUUCUUCAGAAAAUACUCUCGGGUGA